AAAAGCUCCGCACAUUCUCCGCCUGCAGCCCCGGUAACCAGCCUCCUCAUCCUCAUCCUCACCGGCAGCCAGCUCCUCAUCCUCCUGCAGCCCGACAUGUCGGCCGCCAGCACCGAGACCAGCGCGCCUCUGCCCACCGCCGGCAGCCGCGUCUUCUUCCAGGCGGCGCCCGGUGUGGGCUGCGUGGGCUCCGGGCCCAUCACCGGCACCGACGACCCGGUGCAGAAGAAACAGGGCAAGGUGACGGUGAAGUACGACCGGAAGGAGCUGCGGAAAAGACUGGUGCUGGAGGAGUGGAUCAUCGAGCAGCUCAGCGAGUUGUACGACUGCGAGGAGGAGGAAAUGCCUGAGGUGGAGAUCGACAUCGACGACCUGCUGGAGGUCACCAGUGACGACGAGAGAGCCAGCAAACUGCAGGAAUCACUAAUAGACUGCUACAAACCAACAGAGGACUUUGUCCGCGAGCUGCUGGGCAGGAUAAGGGGGAUGAGGAAACUCAGCGCUCCCACCAAGAAGGGCCUAUAAUGGUUUUAAUGGGAACCAUCAAUCAACCAUAAACUCCGUCAUCAUCUCCACUCCACCUCCAGUUCCAACCCAUUCAUCACGGACCGCCAACGCAUUAGGAACCAUUCUGCAACCAUGAACCCAUAGAUAGAGCACUAGUCAUUGGUUUCAGCACCACACAGCUGUUAUUAGAAUAUCUGACUGUUUAAACCCCGCCACAAUAAAGGCCCUGGAAUGUGCCAGAACUGCAACUGUGCUUUUCAAACUGUAAGUCCAACAGCCAUAGAUGAGAGGAGGGAGGAAGUGAAUGAAAGUUGCAGUAAAUUAGCCGUAGCACGACGUGAGCGCAGUGCUUCAUGAAUCUGUCGUUUUCUACUGAGGUGUUUUUGCUGUUUGAAAUCUGUACCGUUUGUUGCCAUUUAUCGUCCAUGUGAUCGAGUCGUGCUUUUCGUUUUCGUCCUUUUUAUCCAUCAGUGCUUGCAGACGUGAAGCAGCUCCGUGGCUUCGUUUAGAAACCCAGAGCUCCGGUUCUGUCCUUUUUGUGAUGAUGUGUAAACUCUGGGAACAGCGGGGACGCCGUUAGCAAACCGGGCUAAUGCUUCCGCUAAUCUCCCGCUGUUCCAGUUCACCGCAGCAAGGCAUGAUGGGUGUUGCAGUCCUCGGUACGAGCCUGCGGACCUGUAUGAUUGGCAGCCUUCUACUGAUCAUGUUGUUCGGUGUUUUUCACGCUCGGCUCGGCACAUAUCAGCCGGUCAUUAAGCACAAACGUUGCUGCUCGCCUGGCUCACCGCUAACCAGACAGGUGUCGCCUUUCAGGACUUUCAGGAUCAGUCCACCUUCUACUCAAAAACCUCAAAAUAUGAGUCAGAACCUGAAGAAAACUCCAACCUGUCGAGUCCCGUGAGGGAAGUCAAUCCAUCCUGGAGGCGUUAGCAUCGACACGCAGAUCGAUCGUUGGGUUUCUGAAACACCUUAGAGCGGGAUUUAAGAAGUUUGUCCAGGUUGCAGAAUAUAUGUUGCAGUUACGUAAUCCCAGGUUUUAAUCGGUUGGAUUUACUGUUGCUGCUCCGACACUCUCAGAAACCCGGUGAGCUCCGGAACAAUCAACACUCUGUUAGAGAUUCAUUUCAGUCAAUCUGAACCUGCAAAGUGACGAAGUUACAGCAGAAAGGAGCGCAACUCAGGGGAAUAUCACCGAAAUGUCAAACGCUUUUAGACUUUAGAUUCAAUACCCGCAGUAGGAACUCAAUGCAGCAUUCACUGUCAGGACUCUGCAUCCACUGUGGUGGUCCUGGUCAGGUUCUCACCAAACAUCUGGACUCCAUCUGAGCCCAACGAUGAAUCUUGGUCUCACCUGAUCAUAAAUUGUGAUUUCAAGUCAUUUUGAACAUUCCUUAGCUUGUUUUGGACUCACUUUGAGGAAUUUUCAACAGAUUUUGAGUAGAUUUGGACAAUUUUUAAACUUAUUUUGGGCAAGUUUAGAGUAAUGUUUGGACACAUUCUGGUUUAUCCUCAGACAUCCAUGCUGGAUUUAGAAAUGUCUUCUUCAACCCCUUUCGACCUCAUGCAGCUCCAUAUCAUCAUACCGCCACCUCCGUGCUUCACUGUCAGGACUGCAUCCACUGUGGUGGUCCUGGUCAGGUUCUCACCAAACAUCUGGACUCCAUCUGAGCCCAACUCAGCUUGUUUUGGACAUUUUUUUGAGGAAUUUUCAACAACUUUUGAGUAGAAUUGGACAUUUUUUUACAUUUAUUUUGGACAGAUUUUGAGUAAUUUUUGGACAUUCUGGUUUCCACUUUGUUUUAGAACCAUGUUCAUGUAGCGAGGCAAAUUUUUCUUUGCCAUUCUGGAUGUUUUUUAGUAACUUUUAACAAAUGUUAGUAAUUUGGGACAGAUUUUUAGUACCUUCUGACAAAUUUUAGGUUGUUUUGGAUCAAUUUUGAGUCAUUCGUGAUAUUUUUAACUCGUGUUAGACAGGUUUGGAGUCAGCUUUGAUAAAUUUGAAGUCAUUGUGGACACAUUUUGAGUCGUUUUGGACAUUCUGGUGUUCACUUUGUUCUUGUUUUCCACUUCCUCUGUUCAGUUCUUUUGCAUGUGGAGCCAUGAUGCAGACAUAGAUAGACCCAGUCCAUGGGUCCAGAACCAUGUUCAUCAGUUAGACUGACUGGAACUCACAGCUGGACUCAGUUUAGUUGCAUUAAGUUUCUACUUUGAGGCCUGAACUCUAAAUAUCAUCAUUCUAAAGUGUUUUUAUAAAAUGUUCAUUGGAUAAAAUACUCUGGUGUUUAACGUAGAGCUACAACAGCUGCUGUGAGAUGAUGCCGUUGAGGAUAAUUUGACAUUUCAGUGAUAUUUCACUCGGUUUGUUGGACAGUAAACCUUCAGCUGCCAAAGACAAACCAGGGCAAUGAUUCAUUAGCAGAGCACCCGUCUUGCAUGCUACCAACAGAGACAAAACAUGGAUGAAGAAUAUAUUAUAAACUUAUAACCAAGCAAAAAAAAAGACUUUUUUGACUUAGCUACCGUGUAGGACUUUGUAGAACUUUUUGUGUUGAGACAACGUGGCCGACACGUUGGAGGGAAUCCAGGAAACUUUAAAAAUGGUGCUGUUUUUGAUGUUCUUCCCAGAGUCUGGUCGUGUUUAAAGGCGUUUUCAGUGUUGAGCGACGCCAGAGAAAUGUGUGUUUCUUUACAACGGAGUCCAACGUUUGUUUCUGCUCCUGAACUGGGCUGGAAGGAGACGAGGAAGCCGCCAAGCAGGAUUGACCGGAUUCUCUCUGAGGAAGCAGUUCAGGGGCAGGAGGCCGAUAUUUGAUCAUUUCUGGGAUUUCACGUGGAGUAUUCUGAAGCGUCCGACUAGAAAGCGUUGUAUUUGCAUGUGUUUUUAAAGUAGCAUGUUGAGGGGAACUUUUUCUUGGCCUAAAGGUUUUUAUUUCACCAAAUGAAACACUUUCCUUUUUUAUACCUUUAUUAUUAUUAUUCUCAUUAUUAUUAGGACUGAAAUAUUGGGUUUUUCAGCUGCGGUUUUGUUGAUCUGUACAUCACCAAUAAGCUCUUGUUUUUAAACUGUAAUGUGGUGUGUGGUUUGUUUUUGCUCAUAAUAAAAAUGCAGAAAUACGACUCUGUACUGUUUAAAGAGA